GCUCCUUAAACAAUGUGUUGACGAUCAUACUUCAUUCAGCCUCUACGAUUGAACCACACUCGAUAACACUCGACUUCUUCUACGAAGGCAAUACGCUCAAGUGUGCGACGAUGAUAGCCUUCUGGCAACAAACAUCCACCCAUCGCGUUGAUGUCAAGCGCAUCAUAACAACAAAGGCCAUUGCCGUCGGCCUCGCCCCUCCCGACGAUGCCCGCAGAUAAACAAACCCGAGCCAACUCUUCCAAACCACUCACCCCCGCCCUCAGUUCGAAUUUCCGAAAUGUCAAGAGCCCAUUCACACCGAGGCUGCAGGGCUCGCCCUCUCCGUCGCCUGUAAUAUCAUCGCGCCGGGAGCCUUUCGCGAGAGCCAAAUCUCCUGGGAAAACAGAGCAGGUAUCAACACCUCUAAUUCACAAUAUAACACCACGAUCAGGAAUUAGAAGGUCAAGGCCGGGUACAGAAUCGCCAUCUACGCCUGCUCCGGUCCGAGAUACCAACAAUGGGCCACAGACGAGGCCGUUGUCUCGAACUGAGGCUGCGAAGCCUGCGAGGGCGCAACCACAGGGACUCGGCAUAAACAGCCCACGACUUGCUGCAAGUAAUGGGCUCGUAGUCAAGAGUGGGACACCUGCUGCCUCCGUUGUGACUGUUCACAGAAGAGUUUCCGGAGCGAAGAGCAAUGUGGAGGGUAAUAAAGACAUCUCAUCCAAAUUCUUUCAUGCAAGCGAGGCCAAAUCAGCGGUGGGAACUCCUGUCGAUGACCCUUUCCCUCGGGCCAACUACUUCGCUCCAUCACCACAAAUACCUGCUGGUCUUUCCAAUCAACAGAACACAGGUAUAGACAAGAAUGUUGCCCUUGAUGAGAAGUUCAUCAGGGCUGACGAUCUCCCUCAAAAUGCCGCUUCGAAGCGACCGCCACUCCCUCAUGUACAAGCACGGAAGCCAGAUACACUAGUUCUCGAUAGGAGGCGUGAGCGAGCUGGAUCUUCCGCGUCAAGCCAACCGAGCCCGCCUUCAUCUCCCAGAAAGUAUAAGCCACUGAUCCAGCAACCUACAUCACCACGAAAAACACAGUUUGGAACAACGCCAUCUCCGCCUGGACCUCUCCGCAAUACUAUCGAAAGACCUAAGAGCACCAUAGGUGCCGGCACUGUCACCCAGCUUGCCCCUCAAGCAGGACAUCGCAAAUCCGUCAGUGCUGGUUCGGCAACAGUGAAAAGUGAGAGCAAAGCAGACACACCUCGAAUGCAAGCCGCUCAACCACUCGACCUCCGGUUUCCCCCAAUCGGUUCUCCACAACUUCUGGUGAACAAUACACUCUCCCCAGAGACACAAAGUCCGCGAUCAUUCAGCCUUGCCUCCACAAACACAGUUCCCGCUUCUGUGACCAGUGAAACCGACGCUUCAGAGAUCGCAAAACCUCGAAGCAGACCCAUGAGCAUGGUGGAUCUGGAUUCGGUUACGUCACCAGUCCUGCCGCAGAACGACGGUGCUGCGAACGCAAGAAGGGAACGCAAGGUACUUGACCUAGAGAUCUCCAAUUCGUCCCUAUUAGCCAUCAACAAGACGCUGGAACGUGAAUUGCGCAAGCAGAGCGGCGAGUUGAGAAGGUUCCGACGUCUUUCUCGUGCUGGUAGACUGUCUCUAGCGACCAAUAGAACAGUUUCAGGACAGUCUGCUUACAGCCUGGACACGGUUACGGAACAGGAUAGCGAAAACGUCGACAAGCUAUCCGACCUAGAUGAGGGAAGCGAUUUCGACGACUUUGACGACUUCGAGGACGAAGACGACUCUUUAAUAUCUGAAGACUCAAGUGCUCUGACAAGCGUCUCGGCGCGCGCGCGACAACGGGCCAGAGACGAAAGGCGACUGAUGCAGGAUCUUAGCAGACAUCAUCAAUUGCUUGCCGAAUCGCAGAAACUUAGUUCCACGAUCAAAAGGUGUUCCACGAUCACAGAGGAUUUGAUCCGUGAAGGGAACAAAGCGUUGGAGUACCGGGUUGGAAUUGGCGACGUUCAGAUUGGAGGCCGCGUGUUGAACGACGAUGAAUUGGACGAGCGAGGUUUCGUGGCCGGAUCAGAAGAGCCAGAGUCAAGGAAGGGCUUGCUGAGCCCCGGCCUGGGAAAGGCCAAGUUGACGGAGACACAGCUCUGGACUGAUAUUCCCACGGCGGAACCCACGAACAAUCGUGAUUCCGGUAUAUCAUCGUUGGAAGUGAUGUCGCCGGUUAUUAUUCAGGGAAGUAAGACGGGGUGAGAGGCCCCUGAUGUCCUUGGGAGGUAGGGUGUUUUUGGGAGCGUGGAUCAAGGCGUUUGCUUGAUUGAGAAAUGGUGCAGAAUAUGUGUUUUCGUUUACCCAGCAUUGGUGGUGCAUAGCAAGCGUUGGAGUUGUUCUUUCUUUUGUCAAAGAUCUCAUCAUCAUUCAGAAUACAAGGAAGACUUCGAUCUUCCUGUAACAAUUACAACAAGCGAUGGAAAGGCGCAAUUAGGGGCUGCAUGGCAGAACACCUCUCCUCAGAUAUACAUUAAACAUUCAAC